AAAAAUCAACGAUAAACAAACAGACAAAAACAACAACCAGUAAUAUUCUUGUAUUAUUUGGCAAGCCACACAUCAUCACUACUAACUAAUCCGCAAAAUACAUCGUCACCAAAUCAUCAUCAACUUACCAAUAGUAAAAUGGAACAAGCUGUACAACAACUUAUUGAAAAGUCUAACGGAAAGGAACACUUUGCUCAACAAAUGCAAGACUUUUUAAUCUUGUUCAAUAGAUUUGUCAAUGAAAAGGAUCAAUCACAAAUCGAUUGGGAAAAGAUUAGAACACCUUCUGAGGAAGACGUCAAACCAUACGAUUCACUCGCUGACGACACUUCCGAUGAAGCAAUUCAAUCACUUUUAUCUAAAUUAAUUGUUAUUAAAUUAAAUGGUGGUUUGGGAACUACCAUGGGUUGCACUGGUCCAAAAUCAGUCAUUCAAGUCCGAGAGGAAGAUACUUUCCUCGAUCUCACUAUCAAACAAAUUCAAUUUUUGAACAGCAAAUACAACGUUGACGUUCCUUUGGUUUUAAUGAAUUCAUUCAAUACUUCAGAAGAUUCAAAGAAGAUUAUCACUGCCCCAAAGUAUGCCAAUGUUAAAGUUAGAAUUGAAUGUUUCGAACAAAAUCAAUUUCCAAGAAUUAUCAAGGAAUCACUACUUCCAUUACCAUCUGAUAUUCCAAGUGAUUCCAAUAAGGAAGCUUGGUAUCCACCAGGUCACGGUGACUUUUAUAGCUCAUUCUUCCAAUCACCAUUAUAUAAUCAAUUCAAACAAGAAGGAAAAGAAUAUAUUUUCCUUUCUAAUAUUGACAAUUUAGGUGCUACAGUUGAUCUUAGAGUUUUGAAGUAUCUCACUGAAAAUCAAGUCGAUUUUUGUAUGGAGGUCACUAAGAAAACUAUGGCUGACGUUAAAGGAGGUACUUUGAUCAAUUAUGAUGGAAAGGCUGUUAAAUUAUUAGAACUUGCUCAAGUUCCAAAACACCACGUUAAAGAUUUUGAAUCAAUCGAAAAGUUCAAGAUUUUCAAUACCAACAAUUUAUGGAUUCGUCUUCCAUCCAUUGAAACUCAAUUGGAAGAAUUAAAGAGAAAGGUUGAAAUUAUUAAUAACGAGAAGGAAGUGGAUGGUGUCAAGAUUAUUCAAUUGGAAACAGCUGCUGGUGCUGCUAUUCAAGUUUUCAAUAAGUCACUCGGUAUUGAAGUCCCUAGAUCUCGUUUCUUACCUGUUAAGAAAUGUUCUGAUCUCAUGUUAGUCCAAUCUAAUUUAUAUAAUCUCUCUGAGGGUUAUUGCUUGGAAAAGUCUAGCACUGAAGAAGCUCCAAUUAUUAAUCUUGAUGAUAGUUAUUAUAAGAAGGUUGGAGACUAUCUUUCAAACUUUAGCAAUGGUGUACCAGAUAUUAAGGAACUUACUGAACUCGAUGUCCGUGGUCAUGUUGUUUUUGGAAAGAACGUUGUUCUCAAAGGAAAGGUUACACUGAUAGCAAAGAGCAAGUCUAUUAUUGCUGAUAAUACUGUUUUGGAAAAUACCACUUUACAACUUGAACCAGUCUCUAAAAUCAACAGCAACAAUAAUCAAUAAUGAAAUAAUAUGAGUAAUUGAAAGAUGGCUAGCUCCAGAAACUGAUUUUCCAUUAUUUACAUUAGUAUAAUUUCCACUACAAACGUAAUUGGGAGUAUAAAUCAAUUCAGUUGACUGUCCAUUACAGGAAUCUGUUGCAGUGGUCCAAUCUCUAACAAUCUUUCCAGUUCUUCUCACCAUUUCGAAUGCAGUUGAUGGAACUUUUUUCAAUUGAUUCAAAUCAUCACUAUCCCACUUAUCAUUUGGUUCUCCACUAAUGAAAUAACUUGAACCUUGAUCCGCAAAAAUCAUUCCAUACUUUUUCAAUGCCUUCAAAAUAACCAAUGAUUGACCAGUAUAUGAAGAUAAAUCAAAUGAAGCUUUCAAUCUGAAUCUAGCUCCAUACGGAAGAUAGGAGGCAUCCUUUGGAACCAUAAUGUUUUGCUGGAGGAAUGUAAGCUCUUUGAGCAGUUGGAAGUGUGAAGCGAACUGCAUGAGUGAUAUUACCAGCAGCAACUUCUGAAUAUUUCAUCAAACCAGGGAAAAUUGGUAAACCAGCAGCAUCUGCUGAGGUAACUGAUAAUUCAUUUGGAUAACGAAACAUACUGGCAUUUCUUUGAUUUAAAUCAAAUUUUGCAUUUGAUCCACAUGUCCAAGAAUCACUUCCUGCAACAGAUCCAAACAUUUCAUAAAGAAUACAAUUAUCUGUGUCCAAAA